UCUUUUAAAAAUAAAUAAAUAAAACGGACACACCAAACAAGGGGUGGGAGACGCGACAGGGUCCCCACCUGCACGAGCAGGAUCUUGUAAGGACGAUCAGGGACACAGGGGAACGGGAGCGGGGCACGCCAGAGAAUAAAUUCUUUUUGGAUUUUGGCGGCGCGUCCUUGUUGGCUUACUUGUCAGCGAUGCAGAGUGUCCCCACCGUCGAGCCUGGCGAGCCGAUGCUCCGCGCCAGCCGCGGCUCGCGAGCCCUCCGCAUUGCGCCAAUGCUCGCGCUGCUCGUCGGAGCCGGUCUCUUCUUCUCGCGCCCGGCCGAGCCGCCGCCGUCCGACAUCAAGCUGGCUAUUGGCAAGCCGUUUGUCCAGGGUAUCAUCUCGCUCUUCGACAUGAAGGUGGACAACAUAUUGCUUCAGAAGCCCGAGUCGCAGUGGUCCCACUUCGCCGUCGGCAUGCUCGCCUUUGACCUCCUCAUCGACAUCCACAUGGCGCGCGGCUGCCCCGCGCCCCGCCCCGCGUAUCACUCUCGCCUCUGCGUCCGCCGCGAUGUUGCGACCGCCUAUCCGGGGCCUGUUGUGCACGAGGAUGAGUUCACAGUCGAGCUCUUCUCCGUCGUGACUGAGCGGCCCGCGGCCGAGUCGCUCGGCGUCAAGUUCGCGGAGGUGAACACCGAGGCCGGUUUCUCGCUGGGCAAGGGCGAGUCUGAGUGGUUCGCCGUGCAGGGCUUUCUCUCGGUGCCCGAGCGGGAGUAUGACCUCGUCAAGACCGCCGACGUGCUCAACCACUUCCUCACCUCCCGCCCGACGCCGCUCAUCGCCUCCAUCGCCGGGUCGUCGCAGCCUUUCUUCUCCGCCGCCGCUAAGGGCACCUCCGCCCCCCCGACGGAGGGACGAGAGGAUGAUGGGAGCAGGGGGGGAGUCUCUCUGCCGCAGCUCACCCUCGAGCAGGCGACCCGAGGGAGCCAAACAACUAGUGAGGGGGAGGGAGGGGGAGGGAGUGGGAGUGAGUGGGAGUGA